AUGGUUUCAAAAAGUGACAUAAGAAACUGCAUUAUUUCUGAUCCUCGUCCUAUUUCUCACAACUAUUUCCAACCUGGUGAUCUCAUCAUUGGUGGCAUUACUUCACUAAUGUUCAUGCCUAUAGAGCUAGAAAGCUUCAUGGAAGAUCCCCAUCUUUCAUUUAUUGAUGAAGUCAUUGCUGGGGAUAGGAUUGUGUUCAACCAGAGAAGGGAAUUGAUAGUUGGAUAUGAUAUUAUAAACUGGGUCACAUUCCCAAACCAAUCCUUCCAACGAGUGAAAGUAGGGAAACUGGAUCCCUGGGUUGAAAAAGAAAAAUUCACCAUUCAUGAUGAAGUCAUCACAUGGCACAGCACUUUCAACCAAACACUACCUGUUUCUGUGUGUACUGAAAGCUGCCUUCCUGGUUAUUUCAAGAAAAAACAGGAAGAGAAGCCAUUUUGCUGCUAUGAUUGUUUUCCAUGCCCCAGAGAGAAAAUAUCAAGACAGAAGGACAUGCGGGAUUGUUCUGAAUGUCCAGAAGAACAAUAUCCAAGCAAGGACAAAGAUUCAUGUCUUCCCAAAAAAAUAUCUUUCUUAUCCUAUGAAGAACCAAUGGGGAUAACUUUAGUCAUUCUGGCACUUUCUCUUUCUUUUUGCACUUUUGGAGUGCUGGCAACAUUUUUGAAGUACCACCAUACGCCCAUUGUCAAGGCCAAUAACCGAAAUCUCACUUAUGUUCUACUCAUCUCCCUCCUUCUCUGCUUCCUUUGCUCACUGCAGUUCCUUGUUGCACCUGGAAAUAUAAUAUGUCUCCUUCGACAAAUUAGCUUUGGCAUCAUCUUCUCAGUGGCCGUGUCUUCUGUGCUGGCAAAAACUAUCACUGUGGUUCUGGCUUUCAUGGCCACCAAGCCAGGAUCCAAGGUGAAGAAAUGGGUGGGAAGAGGCUUGGCCACAUCCAUUGUUCUUACUAGUUCCUUGAUUCAAGCCGGCAUCUGUGCUGUAUGGCUCAUCACAUUUCCCCCUUUCCCUGAAGUAGACAUUUAUUCAGAAUUUGAAGAAAUUGUACUGCAGUGCAAUGAAGGCUCAGCUACCAUGUUCUACUGUGUUCUUGGCUACAUGGGCUUUCUGGCAGCUGCCAGUUUCACAGUAGCUUUUUUCUCCAGGAAGCUCCCAAGCAGUUUUAAUGAGGCCAAAUGUCUCACAUUCAGUACUUUGAUCUUCUGCAGUGUGUGGCUCUCUUUUGUUCCUUCCUACCUGAGCACCAAAGGCAAAUACAUGGUGGCCGUGGAAGUUUUCUCCAUUUUGGCCUCAAGUGCUGGGUUUCUGAUCUGUAUAUAUUUCCCAAAAUGUUAUGUAAUCAUUGUUAGGCCAGAGUUAAAUAAAAGAGAACAACUUAUUAAAAGAAAAAAAUGUUAA